AUGGAACAAGCUGAUGGCCCUGCCUGCCUGUACCUGCACAAUUUAGCAGUUCCAGAUCCUAUCCCUGUGAGUCCUGUGGGGCCUAGAGGCUGCCGUGGCAUCGGCUCAAGUGCUGCUGAUGGUAGUAAGGCAAAGAAGCCAGCAGCUGGCGAAGAGCAAAGGGUGGGAUGUGGGCCCCUGAGGAUGGCCGGCACUGCGCUGGCAUUGUACUGCACAUGGGAGCAAAACUGCUGUGUUCUUCUGAACUUGUAUCUUUACUUGCAGAAGCAUGAUGGCCACUUUACAGUCAUCCAACUGGUUGGCAUGCUGCGGGGGAUUGCAUCUGGCAUGAAGUACCUCUCAGACAUGGGCUAUGUACACCGUGAUCUGGCAGCCCGUAAUAUCUUGGUCAACAGUAACCUCAUGUGUAAAGUCUCUGAUUUUGGUUUGUCACGAGUGUUAGAGGAUGAUCCUGAAGCCGCUUACACAACAAGCGGUGGGAAAAUCCCCAUAAGGUGGACCGCUCCUGAAGCUAUAGCUUAUCGGAAGUUCUCUUCGGCAAGCGACGCGUGGAGCUAUGGGAUUGUAAUGUGGGAGGUGAUGUCCUAUGGUGAGAGACCAUACUGGGAGAUGUCCAACCAGGAU